AUGGCGAGACUGAGCUUGGUGGAAGACCAUCUCAAGAGUUGGGACCAGAAGUUGUGUCAAGCUGAGUUUGCUUUUAACCACUCCGUUAACCGUAGCACUGGACUUUCCCCUUUCCUGGUUGUCGAUGGCUUUAACCCGCGAACUCCGCUUGACCUAGCUCCUAUUCCUGACCCAAAGCGAGUGCAUGGGAAGGCUGAAGAGUUCAUCACACGUCUGCAACAGGUUCAUAAGGAUACUGAGCAGCGCCUGCAAUGGGUCACUGCAAAGUAUAAGGAGGUCGCGGAUACGACGCGGCGCCUGGUGGAGUUCGAGGUUGGGGACUUUGUGUAUGCCAUCCUCACUAAAGAUCAAUAUACUGCCCAUGAGUACAACAAGCUUACUGCCCGGAAGGUUGGACCUGUAGAGAUCAUCGAAAAAAUCAGUCCAAAUGCGUACCGUCUGAAGCUUCCUAGUCGUGUUCACACUGCUGAUGUGUUUAAUGUCAAGCACUUGAUCCCAUUCCGAGGGGAUAGUUCUGAUGAUGAAGCAAAUUCGAUGGUGAAUUUCUUUUUAGAGGGGGAGGAUGAUGUAGUGGCCAUAGAAGAGUGCUGCUUUAAGCAUUUUAAGCCUAGAGUGGCAAAACUAGUGAAUAUUCACUAA